AUGGCGGCGCGCGAGCCCGUGUUCGCGGGCACCAACGACACCAUGGAGCUGUCCAGCGACGCCGCCCCGUCCCCGGCCAAUCUCUCGAGGACGGCCACGGCGAUCUGCUCGACGCCGGCGUUCGCCAGGGAGAUGGUCGCCGGUGGCGUCGCGGGCGUGGUGGCGAAGACGGCCGUGGCACCGCUCGAACGGGUGAACCUCAUGAGGCAGGUCGGCGCGGCGCCGCGGGGCGCCGGCGCCGUGCAGAUGCUGCGCGAGAUCGGCCGCGGCGAGGGCGUCGCGGGGCUCUUCCGCGGCAACGGCGCCAACGCGCUCCGCGUGUUCCACACCAAGGCGCUCCACUUCAUGGCGUACGAGCGGUACAAGCGGUUCCUCCUCGGCGCCGCCCCCUCGCUCGGCGACGGACCGGUGGUGGACCUCCUCGCCGGGUCGGCGGCGGGCGGCACCGCGGUGCUCGCCACCUACCCGCUCGACCUCGCGCGCACCAGGCUCGCCUGCGCCGCCGCGCCGCCCGGCGCCGCGGCGGCGGGCAUGUCCGGCGUGCUCCGGAGCGCGUACAGGGAGGGCGGCGGCGUGCGCGGGGUGUACCGCGGCCUGUGCCCGUCGCUGGCGCGCGUGCUCCCGAUGUCGGGCCUCAACUUCUGCGUGUACGAGGCGCUCAAGGCGCAGAUCCCCCGCGAGGAGGAGGAGCACGGGGCGCGCGGCUGGCGCCGGGCGGCGAAGGUGGCGUGCGGCGUGGCGGCGGGGUUGGUGGCGAGCACGGCGACGUACCCGCUCGACGUGGUGCGGCGGCAGAUACAGCUGGGCGGCGGCGGCGGCGGCACGCUGCAGGCAUUCCGCGCCAUCGUGCGGGCGCAGGGCGCGCGGCAGCUGUACGCCGGCCUCGGGAUCACGUACGUCAAGAAGGUGCCGUCGACGGCCGUCGGGCUGGUGGCCUACGACUACAUGAAGUCGCUGCUCAUGUUGCCGGCGAGUGGUCCCAAGGCCAAUGGUAGUAAGUAG